CCCCCGCCCUGCCCCCCUUCCCGGUCUGGAUUCCCGUCCGUCCCCGGAGAGACAGCGGGAGGAAGAAGUGAUCGGACCCGGGCCGGUGUGAUGGACGCCCCGUCCUCCAUCUUCACCCAGGUCCAGAGAGAGGAUGUCAGCUCCCCCCUGCAGGAGAAAGGUGCUCACACCUCUUCUAAGAAGCCUCGAAGCAGAAGCAUCUUCCACUCCCUAUUCUGCUGCCUGUGUCAGGACGAUGCAGAUCCCCUUCCUGUGAAUAACAAUGCUCCCCUCCUGGUGGAGGAAAAUGGAUCGGUCCCCAAGGCGACUAAAUUCCUUCUGCCAGAAGUGAAGCCGCAGGACACGGGCAAAAUCUGUGUGGUCAUUGACCUGGAUGAAACAUUGGUGCACAGCUCCUUCAAGCCAGUCAACAAUGCUGAUUUUAUCAUUCCUGUAGAGAUUGAUGGAACAGUUCAUCAGGUGUAUGUGUUGAAGAGGCCCCAUGUGGACGAGUUUUUGAGAAGAAUGGGUGACAUGUUUGAGUGUGUCCUCUUUACUGCCAGCCUGGCCAAGUACGCCGACCCCGUGGCGGAUCUGCUUGACAAAUGGGGAGCGUUCCGAGCCCGCCUUUUCCGGGAAUCUUGUGCCUUCCACCGAGGGAAUUACGUCAAGGAUCUGAGCCGACUGGGGAGGGACCUGAAUAAGCUGAUAAUUAUUGACAAUUCUCCGGCCUCCUAUAUAUUCCACCCGGAUAAUGCGGUUCCGGUGAUAUCUUGGUUUGAUGACAUGUCCGACACUGAGCUCCUAGACCUCAUACCCUUCUUCGAGAGAUUAAGCAAGGUGGAUGAUGUAUACAGCGUCCUAAAACAGCGCAGAACUGCCAGCUAAUGACUUACAAUGGGGACGGGUUUCUGUAAGAAUGGUGGGCACUCUGGCUAACCACGCUGCUGGUCUGCAGAAAGCACAGGAGAGUCACCUUGGCCUUCUACACCUAGUGACCUGAACACGCGGGCCCCGCUUCUCUCUGGUCUGGCCCUCCUGUUAGUCACAACUGCUUUUUUUUUUUUUUUAAAGGCUGCAUAAAGCCACAGCGCCGGUAUGGUUUGUGGGUUUCUAAUUGGCCGUUUCCAUACCAAAAUCACAAGUAUUCUGAACUAUUUUUAUUUUUGUUUUUUUUGUGUGAACAUUUCAGUCUAUAUUAGCCUCGGUUAGAGAGCGAAAGCCCUUAACUCUUAUGACGUACCCACCAAACCCACAGAGUAACGAGGAAUUGGUUAUUUGAACUCACAGAAGACGAGGAACUGAAACUUUUCACGAAAAAUGCUUUUAAUAUCACUCGACUUUAAUUCUUUCUUUUUUUUUUUAUCUCCGGAAGACUUUUCUUAGUGAUAAAAGGACUUUGCAAUGGAAGAAUACCUUAAACUUGAAGCUGCUCUUGUAUUUCUUGGCCAAUUAAAGCGACAGAAGUGGAUGAAGCUAUUUCGACCUUUCAAAAAAAAACUCUUGCGGUUUUGUUAAAAACCUUAAAAAGAUUUUUAGUCGAUAUCAAUUUGAAUUAGAAAAAUGAGACUUAAUCUCUUUUUUUUUUUUUUAUGCUUGGGCCAAAAUUCCCCUUGGAAGUAGGCGCCACGGUCACCCAGUCUGGCGAUUAUUGGUGUUUUUUUGCUGUUUUUGGUAUUGUCUGAGAUUUUAUAGCGGAGUGUUCGGAGGCCGGUACGUGCGUUUAGGUGACGGAGUAAGUGCAGGAGAUCAAACACUGGUAGGAGGGCGCCCCUUAGGUGCUGGUCACAAUUUGGGACUGGAUUGGCAGUAGUGUUGGUGAAAAAAUUUAUGGAGGCUUGCAGGUGGACCUUUUUUUGGGAAGUCCUGGUUUGUGUUUAUGUUUCACACGGCAAGAGGAAUUUUUUUUUAUUUUUUUUGGCAUUCAUUUCCAUUACGCCUAUACACUAUGAAUCAUUUAGGUUU